AUGGCCGCGCGCCCUGCCGCCCCCCUGGCCUGGGCGCUGCUGCUCCUCUCCUGGACUCUGCUGCGCGGCGGCUGCCGGGCGCGCUUUGCCGCCGAGGCGGACUCCGAGGACGACGAAGAGGAGGCGGUGGUUUUCCCCGAGUCGCCCCUGCAGAGACCGACGGUGCUGGUGGUCGUCCUCGCGCGCAACGCUGCGCACACGCUGCCUCACUUCCUCGGCUGCCUGGAGCGCCUGGACUACCCCAAGAGCAGGAUGGCCAUCUGGGCGGCCACUGACCACAAUGUGGAUAAUACAACAGAAAUACUCAGGGAGUGGUUGAAAAAUGUGCAGAAAGCCUAUCACUAUGUGGAGUGGAGGCCUAUGGAUGAACCUGAGUCUUACCCUGAUGAAAUUGGACCAAAGCACUGGCCUGCCUCCCGUUUUGCCCACGUGAUGAAACUACGACAGGCAGCCCUUCGAACUGCGAGGGAAAAAUGGUCAGACUACAUUCUGUUUAUAGAUGUUGACAACUUCCUGACUAAUCCGCAGACCCUCAAUCUACUGAUCGCAGAAAACAGAACCGUUGUGGCGCCCAUGCUGGAGUCCCGGGGUUUGUACUCUAAUUUCUGGUGCGGAAUCACACCUCAGGGCUUCUAUAAACGGACCCCAGACUAUCUUCAGAUUAGAGAAUGGAAGAGGUUGGGCUGCUUUCCGGUCCCCAUGGUCCACUCCACAUUCCUAAUUGACCUCAGGAAGGAAGCCUCUGACAAGCUGGUGUUCUAUCCCCCACACCAGGACUACACCUGGACCUUUGAUGACAUCAUCGUCUUUGCCUUCUCCAGCAGGCAAGCAGGCAUCCAGAUGUACCUCUGCAACAGAGAGCACUACGGCUACCUGCCCAUCCCCCUGAAGCCCCAUCAGACCCUGGAGGAGGACAUCGAGAACCUCAUCCACGUGCAGAUAGAAGCAAUGAUUGACGGUCCUCCAAUGGAACCUUCCCAGUUUGUCUCAGUUGUCCCUAAAUAUCCAGACAAGAUGGGAUUUGAUGAGAUUUUCAUGAUAAACCUCAAGCGCAGAAAGGACAGGCGAGACCGGAUGUUACGCACCCUGUAUGAACAGGAGAUUGAGGUCAAGAUUGUGGAGGCUGUGGAUGGAAAGGCACUCAACACAAGCCAGCUGAAGGCCCUGAAUAUUGAAAUGCUGCCUGGAUAUCGAGAUCCCUACUCCUCCAGGCCUCUAACCAGGGGUGAAAUUGGCUGCUUCCUUAGCCAUUACUCUGUCUGGAAAGAGGUAAUUGACCGGGAGCUGGAGAAGACUCUUGUUAUUGAGGACGACGUGCGUUUUGAACAUCAGUUUAAAAAGAAGCUGAUGAAGCUGAUGGAUGACAUUGAUCGAGUUCAGCUGGACUGGGAACUGAUUUAUAUUGGUAGGAAGAGGAUGCAAGUAAAAGAACCAGAGAAAGCUGUGCCCAAUGUGGUUAAUCUGGUUGAAGCUGACUAUUCCUACUGGACUCUCGGCUACGUCAUCUCUCUGGAAGGAGCACAGAAGCUGGUUGGAGCAGAUCCUUUUGGGAAGAUGCUACCAGUGGAUGAGUUUCUGCCAAUCAUGUACAACAAGCAUCCUGUCGCUGAGUACAUGGAGCAUUACGAAUCCAGGGACUUGAAAGCCUUCUCUGCAGAACCCUUGCUCAUCUACCCAACGCAUUACACAGGCCAGCCGGGGUAUCUGAGUGACACGGAGACCUCGACCAUCUGGGACAAUGAGACGGUGGCCACUGACUGGGACAGGACACAUGCCUGGAAGUCCCGGAAGCAAAGUCGCAUCCACCGCAACGCAAAGAACACAGAGGCCCUGCCACCACCAGCCUCCCUGGACACUGCACCUUCAAGAGAUGAGCUAUGA